UGGUGUUAGAUUAUAAGAAUACAAAAAAAGGUUGUUAAAAUCUGUAAUCCGUUACCAUACAGAAGAAGAUAUAUUAAGAUGACUGAUGACUGACUACAAUAAGUAAAUUGUGAUAUUUAAAUGUGCGUUAUUGGCUUGAGGUAGCGUUCUCAUCUCUCUACUUAAAGCUAGGAUAGCAUUGGUUAAGCCAGCAAGAGUAAUUCAGUUUUUUGUAAACUAUCCAACGAUAAACCCAUACCAAGGCUGCUUACUUUUUGGCAAUUUAGUUGGCCAGCAACACUGACUCCAAAAGCCAAUGAGUAACAUCUGUUCUGCACUCCCUCCAAAGCCGAUCCCCCAAAUAUGUAUAAGUACUCACAGCUGUCUAGGAAGCAGAAAAAUUCAGCUUUUCCUUUUUCUCUUGCUACUCACCCAGGCACCCGGUGGCAAAUAAUUCCCAAACAUGCAAUACUGCUUAAAAUGACACUCUAGCCUAAAAAAGUCUCCUCUUUUUUUGUAUAUUGGGUAUUAAUGUUUCCCAAAGUAACAGAAGGUUAUCUAGUUAAUGGACUCUUCCACACAAUUCAAUACACCACCUACCCUUUCAUUGGCAAAACAAACUAGCAAAUAAUCCUACUGUCAUCAUUAUCCUUAUCUUUAUUAUCCUGUAGAUAAAGGUGUUUUUGGUGUACAUGCUUGUAUCUUUAAUGCUGCUCAAUAUUCCCCACCCAUAUUAAUAGUUGCAAAAACUGCUUUAUUCUGGCAGCAUUGUAUAUUACUCAAGUCCAGGUUCUCUCCUCCCUACGUUCCACUCCGACAGUAUUUCUUUCUUAACUCCUUCCACUCUUUCUGACUCUCAGAAAUGGCUACAGCUGGUAAGGUCAUAACGUGCAAGGCAGCAGUGGCCUGGGAGCCCAACAAGCCUUUGCUGAUGGAGGAGAUUGAAGUAGCCCCACCCCAGGCCAACGAGGUCCGCAUCAAGAUUGUGGCAACAGGUGUGUGCCUCACCGACCUGUACCAUCUGUUUGAGAGUAUGCCGAAAGAUGGCUUCCCAGUAUUCCUUGGCCAUGAGGGAGCUGGCAUCGUAGAGAGCGUUGGCCCUGGAGUCACUGAAUUUCAACCAGGAGACAAGGUCAUUCCUCUCUUCAUCUCCCAGUGUAGAGAAUGUCGCUUCUGUAAGAGUCCUAAAACCAACCAGUGUGAGAAAGGAUGUGCCUUGGAGUCUUGUGUGAGAGGUUGGGGUGUCAGCAUGAUUGUUGGCUCUACAGACUUGUACGACGUUGCUGCCCGGCCCCUUCAGCUCAUCGCUGGACGGACAUGGAAGGGCUCCCUGUUUGGAGGAUUUAAGAGUAAGGAUGGCGUGCCUCAGAUGGUUAAAGCCUACCUGGACAAGAAGGUGAAGGUAGAUGAGUUCAUCACCCACAACAUGACCUUGGAGCAGGUCAAUGAUGCCAUUGAACUGAUGAAGCAAGGCAAAUGCAUCCGGACAGUCCUGAAUAUCUUGCCACAUUAAGACCUUUGUGUUGCUUUCAAUGACAUAAAAAAACAUUUAAAGACAUGCAUCCAAAAAAACACCCCCCAACCCUAACCUGUACCGUAACUUUUGUGCUAAGAGCAACAAUGAGUGACAACAAUGAGGACCGAGCUAUCGGUGUUAAGCCUUGGUUGAGGCAAGUAAACUAGGUCAGCCCAACAAAAAUAUUUGCCUUGCAUUACAUGCUCCGAUACACACCAACAGAAUAAUACAUAUACCAUAUGGUAGGUCAAUUUGGAACAACACAUAAUCUGUCACUCCCAAAGCCUGGAGGAAGGUGUGUGAUGAGAAUCAGUUUAGAUAAGCAGCUGAGUGAUUGGUCAGCCACGCCCAGCCAGGAAAACAAACACAAACAGAUACCAGACAGGGGACAAAGACAAAGAACUAGUUAUUACUAUUACACAUAUUGUUGUAGUUAAAAUGUUAUAAAGGAAAUGCUUCUCAGUUGUAUCGCCUGCUAUGACCUGUUGCCUUUUGGCAAAGUGUUUGGUCAGUGUUUGUUUAGUAUAAUACAUAAAAUGAAGUGUUUUUUUAUUAAGAUGAAAUAAAGUAAACCAAAGCUGCCA